UAAAUUUCGUCUCAAACGAAGGACUUUGAUAAUGAAGAAAAAUAAAGUCUUCUUUUCACGGAGUGAAAGACGAGAAGAGAACUGAUUCUGCUAUUUUUCAAAGUUGAAGGAGAAGAAAAAAUGGCGGAUUCUCGAGGAUCAGACAGCGAAAGUGAUAGGCGACGUUCACUUAUUAGUAGUAACAGACGCAAGAACGAGGCGAUGAACGUCAUAUUCACUGAUCCUCAGAUUCUCGAUUGCUAUAUUUGUUGUGAACGUUUGUCAAUUCCUGUUUUCCAGUGUGAGAAUGGGCAUAUUUCUUGCUCUAGCUGCUGCACCAAAAUUCAGAACAAAUGCCCUAGCUGCAACUUGGCGAUUGGCAACAUUCGUUGCAGGGCAAUUGAGAAAGUUUUGGAAUCAAUCAAGAUACCGUGCCGAAAUGCGAUAUACGGAUGCAAAAUGACGAUGAGUUUGAAUGAGAUAGACCACGAGACCUCGUGCACACACGAACCCUGCUUCUGCCCUUUGGACGAUUGCACAUUUGUUGGUUCAGCUGAGAAGUUGAGCUUACACUUCAGCAAAAAACACAAAAACACAUCCAAAAGCUUCUCAUACAAUGCGAGGUUCACUAUGUGCUUGAACAAUGGCGAUAGUCAUCGUAUCCUUCAAGCAGAGAACGAUAGCAUUUUGUUCGUCCUCUCUUACUCAUUUGAAAUUUUCGGAAAUGCAGUAACUGUGAAUCGGAUUGGACCUUUGUCAUCUGAGAGAAAGUUCUGUUACGAAAUUAAAGCGAAAACACAGGGGAGUGUUCUUUGUUUCCAAUCAAUAGCAAAGGAGAUCCAAGGUUGGAGUAAAGUUCCUCCUUCCAAAGGAUGGCUUUUGAUUCCGAACGAGUACUUUGGAUCUUCAACCCAGACGAUCUUGGAGAUUCGCAUUUGGCCUGCAUGCUAAAGACAAACACUGGGGAUCAACACAGAGUUUUCUCCGACACCAAACAAACUAAGUGUAGAGGCAAGAGUGAAAAAGUGACCAAGAAUGAGAGGAAGCGACGAAGUGAGCAAGAGUAAGAAAAGUAAAAAAUAGUAUGAUAAAAGACUUGGUAGUGUCAGCAAAAGGUUGGACAUUUUUGUUUUGAAAAAGUCGGUCAAAUUUAAUUUUUCAGAAAUUUUUAGGUCAUUCCUACCAAAAUGUAUCUUUAAGAACGGGAGGGGGCUUUUGCAGGCAUAGGUAUGUGGGGUUGUGCUUCAUAUUCUCAUCAUCCUAGUAUAACUUAAUCUUAUUCUCAGGUUUCACAUUCUUUAGUUUUGUAAAUUAUAUCACUUUCUUCUAUUUCUGUAUAUGAAACCACAUACUCUUCAUUUUUUGGAAUGGG